UCUGUGUAUACAUUACCUGUUAUCAGCAGUCAAAGUGGAGCGAUAUGCUUGGACAUCCUGAAGGACCAAUGGAGCCCUGCAUUCACUCUAAAGACAGCACUGCUUUCAGUACAAGCAUUACUUUCUGCCCCUGAACCCGAUGAUCCCCAAGAUGCUGUAGUAGCACAACAGUAUCUCAGGGACUACCAGACCUUUGCAGCCACAGCUCGGUACUGGACAGAAACUUUUGCUAGAACAUCAGCUCUUGGAGUUGAGGGGAAGGUGCAAAAACUGGUGGAGAUGGGCUUCCCUGAAGCUUUGGUUCGGAGUACGCUGGAGAGUGUUGGUGGUGACGAGAACAUGGCCCUUGAAAAGCUUUGCUCUGGCUAGAACUCAAAGCAGACGACAUUUUACUUUUUUUUUUUGUUGUUGUGGAAAUUCCUGUGCCAUCGCAAGAGGUUGAAAACUAGUUUUACAAACACAAAUGGAUUUGUCAGAAUAUCAGCUUUUCACUUAUAGUCUAGGUUUUCUAUCUUUCGAUCAUUCGUCUUUUGUUUCAGAGUGUUCAUCCUUCAUGAAUAGUAUAUUUCAAUGUCAAUGCAUCAAUAUCGCUAUUAGCUAAUUGCAAUCAGCUUGUGAAAUUUGAAAAUAUUGAUCAGAAGUUAUUUUGGGUCUGUGGAAUUAAUCAUUUUUUUUUUUUUUGGGCUGGACAACUAUAUGCAUUAUGUUAGAAUUUACCAUCAACUACCACCUCACCUACUCCACUAAACCUAACCCACUACACCACUACCACCUCACCUACUCCACUAAACCUAACCCACUACACCACUACCACCUCACCUACUCCACUAAACCUAACCCACUAAUUAUGAGAGGGGUAGAAAUUUCUGAACUUAUUAUUUUGCAGUUACUUUUGUUUUGAGUCUAAUUCCAGGCUGGACACGACAAAUGAGAAUUUGCCGAAGAAGAGGUUGGCAACAUCAACAUCCCCCAUGGGGCAUUGAGGCGGCAACCGGGCCACAACAGCUGUGAUUAUAGGUGUGGCUGUUGCUUUUUAUGUCAUGGUCGGCCUAGGACUUUGACAUCAUUUGAUUGAACUGAGUUCACUAUGUUGACGGUGCUUCUAGUGCAGCCCGUUUCUGGAUGGAGAUGAUUUUCUUUCUCAUAUUUUUAGGGUCUUAAGUUGAGCUUAUAUUGCUUCAUCUAGGUCUUUGCCCCCAUUGUUACUGCCCCUGCCGCAUCCUAGUACUGGCAAGUAGAGAUUUUGAUUUGAGUGAAUGUUGAGACCUAGUGAAUCUACUAAUAUUACCAUUCAGCUGUGGUAUUAGUAUAUGAGCUUUUUUAUGUAGUCGGUUCGUUUGAAAAGUGACUUUUUGGCUAAAACAUUAGGUGAAAAAACACUUAAAAAAACUGAAGUGUUUUGGAAUUAUUUUUUGACUUUUUAUGAAAAAAUAUGCUAAAAAAGUAGAGAAAAUUGUAAUAAAUCUUUGUCUUUGUUGUAUGAUUUUUGUUUUUUUUUAAUGGCUUUUUGACAUUUUGCCAGAUGAAGCUCAAUGGUAUUCAGAUUGAAGCAGUAAGCUCUAGCUCAGAUGGCCGUAGCAGUGGUAGCUACAGUUACUGCCAUGAGUUAAUGUUUUUGGUUUCAGAAUUGUACUCCCUGCAAAACUUGCUUGAAAUUGAUGGGUAACGACUGUUCUUAUCCAUACUCGUGCUGAUGAUGCGCUGUUCAAGACUAUGUUUGGAUGAUAGAUUUCAUGAGGGAUUUGUGUAAUGGAAAAAUGAAAAGUUUUCUACAAUUAUUUCAUCACAGAUUUCUCUUGUCAGCUUCA